AUGGUUGUACUUGGAAACCUCGUGGUUCUACUGGCUGUACUCGUUGAUCGCAAAUUGAGAACGGUGACAACGAAUAAAUUCAUUGCUUCGUUGGCUGUAUCAGAUCUCCUUGUCGGUCUUGUCGUUAUGCCACUCUCGCUUCAUGCUAAAAUGCACGGCGAUUUGUGGAUCCUCGGUCACACCUGGUGUCAAUUUCAUCUUGUUACCGGCGUUUUCUCAACAACCGCUUCUAUUGUUCACCUUGUGGCAAUCAGUUUGGAUCGUUAUUUCGCAAUCAUGUUUCCAACCGAAUAUCAACGACAUAGUGUCAGCACAUCGACCACUCCAUAUGUGGUGAUGAUUUGGUUGAUGGCUUUUUGUGUCUCCUCAUCUCUUUUCAUGGAGCAAAAUCCAGUUAAUGAGCGAAUUUGCUGGAUUGAUAACCCUCAAUAUUUGGUCCUUUCUUCACUUCUUUCCUUCUUUCUUCCGGGUAUCAUUGUCGUCUACAUGUAUGUGAAAAUCUUUCAGAAAUUACGGAACCAUCAACUUUACAUGUUCGGUCAACAGAGUACUCGACAACCCGAUCAUAAAAGAUCAUUGCCGAGAGUGAUCAUUGAAGAGGUUCGUUCCCGUCGUGGAUCUCGUUUAUCGCAAACGGGCUCAUCUGGCGGAUCGCCGACAAGAAGAAGCAGUGGACCGAAGAGCGAAAGAAGCCCUUCACAGCCAGAGAUACACACGGUUGCAUUGCCUCCGCAGAGAUGGCGCAGUCCGACAAUUUGCGCGGAGACUUUCGAGCAUGAUCGGAGUGUGGCUGCGAAGAAAAGAGUGUCUAUUGUACCCGAUCCACCGUCAAUGGAUAUUUCGUCAACGUCGAACAUUGGAGCUCUCCGAGCUGAACAUGAAACAGCAAUUCAAAGGGAAAAGAUGGAAGCCGAAUUGAAACUUCUACAAGAUGAGCCUCGAUUUCGAAAGUUCUCAGAUAAAUGCUGCGAAAGAAGAGAACGAGAGAAAUUGGAGAAAAGAAGGAAUAGCUCGGAUGGACGACCGAAUGGAGUACCGAUUAUGUUGGCAUUCAAUAAGGCGUACAGCGAAAUCCGUGCCGGUCGUCGACGUGCUUCAUUGGGUAGAGAGGACUCGGAGGGAGAACUCCACCUUCCACUUCGCUUUCAAUUGUCCACCGUUUAUGCGGACGAAGAGGAGAAUCCCGAGGAUACGGCACUCAAUCCAAACUCGAUUGAACUGACGGAGAUCGAAAAAACGGCAACAACAGCUGAGACAAGUUUGGUGAAAGACGAAUCAAUGCAAGAAUCUCUAUCAACUGAUGCAAGUUUAAGGCCACUUUUGAGUCUCACCACAUUGAAUCAGCCGUCAAAGUUGGAAACGAUCACUUUGAAGACCAACAAUUCCUCGAACAGUUUCCGUAAUCACAAUCGUAUCCCAGCACCCACUUUUUUGAUGGUUCCCGCUGUGAUGAGCAUCAACACAUCGGCUCUUCCGCAACACAACACUGAAUAUCAACACUCAGGUUCCCUACAGGUUCCACGUCUUUUCGAUUGUCCAUCACCGAGCUCGGCUCCGUCAAAUUCUUCCCAUUCCUCUUACACAUCGGCUAGUGGAAGCAGUGAUACCUAUCGCCGUAUCUCGAUGAACAGCUAUGGAAGUAGUCUCACCGAUGCAACCGACUCAACUUUCGAGAUCGAUUCAAGACGCAGCAGUGCCUGGUCAACCCUUCGAUCAGCCGUUUUAUCAAAUGAUUUCAAAAACUUUCCGAAUUGUGCUCGGCCUUCUGUAGAAAUUGCUGUGGAUGGAGUUGGAUACAGCAAGAAAUCCAAUGGGAUAAGUCGCGGGAAAUUGAGACGAAUAGCAACACAGGUGACACGGGCGAUUCGACGAAAACGCCGUGAAUCGAUGGCGAUACGACGAGAGAGUCGAGCCACGAGGGUUGUGGCCGCUAUUUUGAUGGCUUUCAUCAUUUGCUGGCUUCCCUAUUUUUGCAUCUCGGUUUAUCGGGGAAUCUCGAUGGGAUUUAGAGUGAAUAUCCAUCGAGAGCUACACACUGAGCUUUAUGUGGCAACCAGUUGGCUCGGCUACGCGCAUUCGUGUUUCAAUCCGGUGAUCUACAUGUGCCUCAAUAAGAAUUUUCGAGUGACUCUUCGGAGAAUGUUGAGAAUAACGAGAGAUCAA